UUUAUGAAAAAUGAGGGACAGAAAACGUCCAGGAGCCUGUCAACUGAUCCAUUAUUGUUUCCUUCUCAGGCCGUCCGGCACUCUUUCCUGCAUCAGAUUUCUUUCCGGGACAGAGCAGGACACUGACCACCUGGUUUGUUUAAUGCUGUAUAUACACACACAGAGAGGGAGAUCAGUUGUCGUAGUUGUUAGGCAUUCCACUCGCAGGGGUUUAUUUUUAGCCCACAGCCAUGAUCCCCCUCUUUAUCUGGACCUGAGCAAUUGUGGCAGAGUGUGAGAUUGUGUUUCUGACUUGCUCUUGCUCACCAAACUACACAGCACAUAUAAAAGGAGAAGGAGCCCCUCGAUGGGAAAUUACAAAUCAAGGCCGUCUCAGACGUGUACAGAUGAGUGGAAGAAGAAAGUGGGAGAAUCGUACUCGGUGAUCGUGGACAAGCUGGAGGAUGACUUCCAGCUUAAAGACAGCGAGCUGGCGGAUCUCAAACUCGCUUUCAGCUCUGAAGAGGCUUUCCAGAAGGUGAACGUGAGCUACCGAACGGAGAAGGGGCUGUCGCUGCUGCACCUCUGCUGCGUGUGUGGAGGGAACAAGGCCCACAUGCGCGCCUUGAUGCUCAAAGGCCUGCGUCCUUCCAGACUGACCAGAAAUGGAUUCACUGCUCUCCACCUGGCAGCUUACAAGGACAACGCUGAGCUGGUGACUGCUCUCCUGCACGGUGGCUCGGAUGUGCAGCAGGUGGGAUACGGAGCCCUCACUGCCCUGCAUGUCGCCACGCUGGCCGGGCAUCACGAGGCUGCAGAUAUUCUCCUGCAGCACGGGGCUUAUGUCAACGUCCAGGAUGCUGUGUUCUUCACCCCGCUGCACAUUGCUUCCUACAACGGCCAAGAGCAGCUGGCGAAGCUGCUGCUGAAGUUUGGGGCAGAUGUGAAUGCGAGUGGUGAGGUGGGUGAUCGGCCUCUGCACCUGGCUGCAGCCAAAGGUCUGCUAGGUAUCAUCAAACUGCUGAUGGCUGAUGGGAGCAAAGCUAACGUGAACGCCCAGGACAACGAAGACCACGUCCCUCUCCACUUCUGCGCCCGCUUCGGUCACCACGAGGUCGUCCGUUUCCUCCUGCAGAGCAGCUCCGACGUGCAGCCUCACUCCGUCAACAUCUACGGCGACACACCGCUACACCUGGCCUGCUAUAACGGCAAAUUCGCAGCAGUGAAGGAGAUAAUACAGUUUUCUGGCACAGAAAGCCUUUCGAAGGAGAACAUAUUCAGUGAAACGGCACUUCACAGUGCAUGUACCUACGGCAAAGACCUGGAGAUGGUGAAGUUCCUGCUGAGCCAGAACACUAUGAGCAUCAACCAUCAGGGCAGAGAUGGACACACAGCUCUGCACAGCGCCUGUUUCCACGGCCACAUCCGCCUGGUGCAGUUCUUGCUGGACAGCGGCGCAGACAUGAACCUCGUGGCCUGCGACCCGAGCAGGUCCAGCGGUGAGAAAGAGGAGCAGACGUGCCUCAUGUGGGCUUAUGAGAAAGGUCAUGAUGCCAUCGUCACCUUACUGAAACACUACAAGCGCCCGGAUGACUCCCCCUGCAAUGAGUACUCCCAGCCAGGAGGGGAUGGGUCCUACGUUUCCGUCCCGUCUCCUCUCGGAAAGAUCAAAAGCAUGACUAAAGAGAAAGCAGAAGUCCUCGUGCUCAGGGCCAGCCUCCCGUCUCAUUUCCACCUUCAGCUGUCUGAGCUGGAGUUUAAUGAAAUUAUUGGAUCAGGGGCCAUCGAUCCGGCACUAAGUGGUUGCUGCUUUAAUGAUGUGUCAAUGGACAGGCUUAUCGACCUGCAGUCCAAGCUCAUCAUUGCCAUCGACGUGGCCAAGGGCAUGGAGUACCUGCACAACCUCACCCAGCCCAUCAUCCACAGGGACCUCAACAGUCACAAUAUUCUGCUUUAUGAGGACGGACAUGCGGUGGUGGCUGAUUUCGGAGAAUCCAGAUUCCUACAGUCCGUUGAGGAGGACAACAUGACCAAGCAGCCGGGGAACUUGCGCUGGAUGGCUCCGGAGGUGUUCACCCAGUGCACUCGCUACUCAGUGAAGGCCGACAUGUUCAGCUACGCCCUCUGUCUGUGGGAGCUGCUCACCGGAGAGAUUCCCUUCGCUCACUUGAAACCUGCUGCUGCAGCAGCAGAUAUGGCCUAUCACCACAUCCGGCCUCCUAUUGGCUACUCCAUCCCCAAACCCAUCUCUGCACUUCUGAUGAGAGGCUGGAACUCCUGCCCAGAGGACAGGCCCGAAUUCUCUGAAGUGGUUUCCAACCUGGAGGAGUGCCUGUGCAACGUGGAGCUGAUGUCUCCAGCCUCCAGCAACAGCAGCGGCUCCCUGUCGCCCUCCUCGUCCUCCGACUGCCUGCUCGGGCGAGGAGGACCCGGCCGGAGCCACGUCGCCGCCCUGCGAUCCCGGUUCGAGCUCGAAUACGCUCUCAACACUCGCGCCUACGCCUUCUGGACUCAGAGCGAGCGCCGUCGAGCAUCUGGAGGCCUUUCGCUGGAGGAGCUGAGGAGGAGCAUGCAGUUCUCUCCCAUUGAUCGAAAUGGAUACGUUUCUGAUCCCAUGAGCACCAUGAGACUAAGCUCCUCCUUCAGCAGCAGUGGCAGCUUCGAGGACAGCAACUGAACCUACUUCGAGCUCCAAACCUUUUUUUUAUUAUGUCCAUUUAAAUCUGACAUUUUGUGAAUUCAUUUUAGGUAAAACUGAAGUAGGAGACUGAUACAUGGAGAGAGAUAUUGCUAACUGACUUGAAUGUGCAUUUGGUUGUAACAUAUCAUAUAUGGAUGAGUUGUUUGUGAAUUCUAAACCUCAAUAUCAUAUAUUGGAUUUAUUUAUUUGACACAGUAUGUAAAAGAAAAUGUGUGUAUUUUCUUGUGGCUUUUAUAACUUCUGGGGAUUUUGUGUGACGAAUGUUUGCAUUAAAGUACAAAAUGAUGGUGGAUGUCAUGUCAGGGGAAAGAAAAACAGGAAGUCAA